AAGAAGGGUUUUGUUUAGAAAUGUCCAUGAUGUGAAUAUUUAAAACGGAAAAAGAACAAAACAAAUCGAUGAAGCGGCACAAUCAUUAACGUAUUACGUCACGUAGGAAAUAGGAAAGUCAAACUGACACAGAUUACCACAUAUAUUAUAGUAUUGAAACGACAUCGAGUUGUAAGAUAUUUGUAGUACAACCUCGAAAAAAGUUUAAACGCUAAGCCCUGACAAGUUUUUCUCCUUCCUUGUGUGGUUGCCUGUCCUUCUAAGUUUCAGAUUAAACCAGGAUAACUGUAAUUGGUGUGAAUUAAUCAUUUUAGAUUGAUUCGCUAACUGGAGGGAAUUGCGAGCAAGCAUUAUGGCAAAAAUGAACCCAGGCAAAAUGACUCUGGAGGACUUUUCUUUGCCUGGGACAGUUCCUGCAGAAGAUCUUUAUUUCCAGGGCGCCAUUACAAAAAACGACAUUGAGCUCGAUUCAUUGAAACCGAUCAAGCCAAAACGAGAUAACGAUGCUGAUGAAGAGGGGAAAGAUGCGGCUCUACCAAGCAAUUAUGGAAUAUGGAAUAAUUGGGUGAAUAACACUUCACUGCAUGGUAUCCGUUAUGUGUUCUGGAGACGUCCCCUCUGGGCCCGGAUUGGCUGGUUGCUAUUGCUGCUGGCAUUUACCGCAUAUUUCUUAUUCACUGCGUACAAAUCAUUAGACAAAUACUUCAAACGUCCUAUAAACACUGUAAUCACCCAAAAGUACGUCAAUAGUCUUGAAUUCCCAGCUGUCACCAUUUGCCCACAAAAUCUUAUAAGCAAGAAAAAGAUGUAUGCUUUGGACGGCGACGCUGAUUUUGUUCGGUACAGUCUCAACGACAGCUUCUGCUCAGCUACGAAGUCAGUUCGUGGUGACAAGCCCUGUGGAGCAGCCAUGGUCUGCUGUUGUUUACCCUUCUUUCUGUUCGAUGGCGGGAACAUUGUUCCAAACUGUACAACUCCGUACCUUGCAGCCUUGAUUGCCGCACAAUACACCUCUGGAACCUUUUUCGACACCAUAAAAUUUUACGAAAAGUACAGCCCGGGAGUCGAGGAAAUGCUGAAAUCUGGAUUAUGUGUAUUUGAUGGCAGAAUAGAUAAGCUAUGUGGCGUAUCGGAUUUCUCGUCAUCCGUGACGGACUGGGGUGUGUGCCACACUUUUAAUGCGGGGCUUGGUGGACCGGACAGCAUCAGAAAAGCUAAAUUUACAGGCGCCGGAGGGGGUCUGAACAUCUUAUUGACCGCGCAGAUUGAUGAUAACACAAUUGGAAGACUGUCGGAGGGAUUUAGUGUUAUAAUUCAUCGACAAGGAGACCAUUUUCUUCCUUGGGAUGGGAUUAACGUUGGACCUGGUAUGCAAGCCACAAUCACGCUGCAUCAACAGAGGCUAAAAAAUCUAGAGGAUCCUUAUGAGACAAAAUGCGAAGACAAGAAGUUAAAAGCCUUCAGUUCCUACACACUCAAAGGCUGCAUCUAUGAAUGUUUGGCUGAACACAUUAUGGAAUCUUGUAAAUGCCGUACCGCUGGCUAUUCAGCGGAAACCUCGUUGAAGACUUGUGCUAAACUUGAUCAACCCUGUGUUGUGAACGUUACCGCCAACCUCAACGUUUCAGUCUGUGACUGUACUGUCCCUUGCAAUGAGAUCAGAUACACAACAGAGGUGCAUUAUUCCAAGUUCCCGGAUGCAGGUUCUGCGGCUGCGUUACAAGCUGACGGUAUCACCUAUCUACCGUUCGAAUACUUAAGGAAAAACUCUGUGUUUCUUCGGAUUGGCUACAAAACACUUAGCUACGAGUUACUUGAACAGAAUGUGGCGUUUGGUGUCGAGGCGCUGUUUGGUGAAAUUGGAGGUAAUAUGGGUCUGUUUCUUGGAUGCAGCCUAAUGACCAUUUUUGAGUUUGCCGAUCUUCUUGUGGCCUUGGUUUUCGUUCGUUCAUUGCAUAAAGAAUAUCAGACUUAAUAGACCUUAAUAUACCCUCAGAUAUCAGAGCGAUUGAUCAGGAAAUAUAGUGUUUUGUUCAACUCUUGGAAAUGGAACAUGCGACUGAGUCAUUCCUGCCCGGUGAACCCUAUCAAGACAGGCCAGGCUCCUGUAAUUGUAAACUGUCAGCACCCGUUUAACUACUGAAAUCACGACUUUUCUGAAAAGUAGCUCUGCAUGUACGCAUAUAAUGAGUCAAGAUAUUCACAUUUAGCUGGAAAAUCAAGGUCGUCACGUUUAUUUAUCAAUUCAUAACCACUUGAUUUUGAUGACACAACUGCGCCCUGGCUACAGCAGUGCGAUACUUACUAGACUGGUCUAAAUCUGCGAGAACCAAUAUACAAAUGAACUGUUCGAUUAUGUUUGACCGUCCAUAGCCUAGAACCAUUUGUUAUCGAUUACUUAACAUUAUUUUCAAGCCGAACAGGUUCGGAGACGAAUUUGACAUGAAAUUAGACAAAUGACUUCCACAGAGAUUUCAGCCAAAACCUGAAGGAGCAAUAUGUCAUUCAUUUUAUCAAAUCUUUUCAUUACUGAAGGUGAAAGAAGGAUGUAAAAGAAUAGGCUUGUGAUAAGAUCGCUAGCUCCAUGACUUUACAUUUUUAAGUUAGACAGCCAAGUAUAGCCAUUGUAAUAACGUCACGUACGCUUACUAGUACCAAAUAAAUUUGCUUUUGACACAAGUAAAUAGUACUGUAUA